AUGAGGCUGUAUGGGCUCAAGCAGAAUGCCAGGACCCAUCGGGAAAUGAGUUCUCUGGUUUACCCCAGCUUGGGCAUGAAGGACCAUAAAGCAGUGACCAUCCUCCAUUACCCUGGGGCAGGCAUGAGCACUAACAAGGUCAGCGGUGGUCCCUAUAUAGCCAGUGCAGGCAUGAUGGCUCCCUCUGCAGGUCCACCGCCCUCCAAGCAGUCUGCCUUCACCCUGCAGACAGCCCCUCACCUGCUGGCCAGCAUGCAGCUGCAGAAACUCAACAGCCAGUACCAUGCCAUGGGGGUCUCAGGGCACCCAGUUGAGGUUGGUUCCAUCCAGAGCUGGGGCUUUGGGGCCCAGCCCCUAGGACAAGGAACACUGGCUCCUCCUGCUGGCACCCACAACCCAGGCAUUAUUGAUUCGGAUCCCGUGGAUGAGGAAGUACUGAUGUCGCUGGUCGUGGAACUGGGUCUGGACCGAGCUGAUGAACUCCCAGAGCUGUGGCUUGGCCAGAAUGAGUUUGACUUCACUGCAGAUUUUCCUUCCAGCUGCUGAUGCCAAGCAGACCUUGACAGCAGACACCUCAAGGAAAUGACUUUUACUACAGGGAUGGUCACCAAGGGCUGGCGCAAUGGACUGGGCAUGUCAGCCAACUCCUCUGAUUCCAAAGGUCUUGCAGCCUGGUUCCUACCACAACUGAUUCCCUCUGGGAGGAUGCAUUCAUGCUGUGGCUGAGCUAUGCAGAGCAGAUGGGCACUUAGAAACUACAACUUCUCUAUGGCUGGUGCUGCUCUGAGCCAGACUGGGCAAGGCAGGCAGUGGAGUGCCUGGAGAGCUCACUUCUUUGGAGAGGGGAAGAAUUUCCUGCAAGAUGGCUGGCUGUUGCUGGAAGUAGACAAAAGCCAAUGACCUGCCGGCUGGUGCUCCCUAUUCUUGAUGCUGGAUUGAUGGGUGAAAGCAGCAGUAUGGAAGCUGGUACUGUAGAAAUGGAGGGUCACACAUCACAUAAGCUUCUGUCUUGCACUGAUGAGGCAACCAGGGGAGGGGUCACAGAGUUACCUGAACUGAUACUCGUAAUGGGAAUGACCCCAGAGGCUGUGCUGCUGAAGAGGCAGCAAUUGAUCUCGCGGUGAACUCUCAGCACACGAAUCUGUUGUGCGUGGGGGUGGGGAGCCUAGUAUGCUUCCUGCAGAAAGCCACAAAGCAGUCUUUCUUUUUUUAAAUAAAAUUUUAAAGAAAUGGG